AUGUCACCAGUCCCUUUCGAGGCGAUGCCUCAGAACCUUCUCAGGCCGGACCGAGAGAUUUGGGACGAGAAGGGUGGCCUCAUCAAGAAAGGUGCAGCCGAGAUUGCAGAGCGCGACCAGGAUCAUGUGCCCGAGGUGAAGGUUUUGACAACCCUGGGCAUGUUUGCAGUGCCGGUGACAGCAGAGACUACAAUUGGUGAGAUCCGGCAGAAGGUGCAAGAGUGGAAGCCGGAGUACUCGCUGGAGCAGAUCGAGCUGGUUUGCAAGGACAAGGAUGCCUGGGGUCCGCUAUUCAACAAGACCUCGCGCCCCAGGGAUGAUGAUGAAACCGUGGAAUCCCUGUGGAGCGACUGGGACAUCCCUCGGCGUAUGAUGCAGGUGGCCUUGUGGAUCAAGGAGAAGAAUGAGGAGACUGGCGAGUGGGAGAGCACCUUCUGGAAGAUGCUGGAGGAGUCCAAGUGCGACGAUUGGAGCUUCCAAGGUCAUACCAUCUGA